CUUCCCUUGCUGCUGACUGGUAAGAGCACGUAGUUAACCCUAACCGUGUCUCUCUCUCUCUUCCCCCUCGCGCUCCUCUCUUUCAAAUUCAAACACAUUCAAUGGCUGAUAGCUCCAACGAAGUUCAGACAAACAUCUACCGCCACCUUCAACCUAUCAUCUCCGAACGUCUUCUAACACCGGAACAGGCUGAUACUAUCGUCAAGUUCAUCUCCACUGACUACCCCGUUAGGCGUGCAAUUCGUAUUUCCUCUAUCACUCAAGCCUCAGCAUAUACAAAUCUUUAUCUGUUGCUGGAGUUUUUACGCAAGAAUUCUCCUAUCUCCAUCGUCGAUGAGCAUGUCUCCGAUCUGUUUCAUACGUUGGUUGUAGGGCUGUGUUGGCAUUUUGAAGGAUCGUGGUUUGAUAAACUGUUGGAAUUCUCUCAUGAGAUUAAGAGCGUUCGGGACUUAGGUUUCAUGGAAACCCUAGAGGGUAGGAAGAAACAUCUCACUAUUUCUGAUUCUCAACGAUUUAAUCCGAAAAGGAAGGGACAAUCAAAUGAAGCCUUGAAAGCCAAAAAAGCUUUUCAAGAUCGUGAUGAUGGUCGGGUUGAAGAAUUGGAGAUAUUUGAGAACAAGGUUAGCCAUAUUGAUCCCGAGCUUAGGCGGGUUUGUGCAGAGUUGAAGACUGUUCGGGAGGCCAGAGCCAAAUUAGCUUCCUUGGAGUUCGACAUUUUUUCUCCCACCAUUAUUCUGGAGAAAGCUGUUACAAGUGGUGUGAAAGUGAAGGACGAAACAAGUUGAAGAUAGGAGGUGGAUUGUACCAGGGAGCUAGAUGUGAAGUUAGUCUGAAAGGGAUGCUGGGAGGUUUACUUGGGAGACAAGCCAGCAUGGAGAAUUUGCUUAAUGUACUCUUAAUAUCUUGUUAGAGUUCAGAUUCCAUAAACAAAGUAAUUUACUCUAAUUACAUCUUAAAACAAAGUAGCUUAUUUUGAUUUGUGUUACUCCUUCAGUAACACGACAUGACUAAAACUUUCUUGAUGUUGAAGUUAUGUUUCUGGUAUGGUGCUUUUUUCUGUGCUAUUUGUUGUUUUAUAUGUUUGGACGGAUUUCAAAAUGGGUGAUCCUCCAUUUUUGUUU